UUUGUGUUAGUUCGUCAAAUGUGAUCGUAUUUAUAGUUAUUUUUAUAUAAUCCCUGUUGUCGAUAAACGAUAACAGAAUAUUGAGGGAAUUUAUUUUAUUUUAUCACGACAACGUUUACUGUACGCUUAUACCAUAGCAUUACGUGAACGCUUAUUUUCCGGUGGCAUGUUUAGUAACAAAAGUAGCCCAAAGGCUUUGAUUUGACAAAAAUCGUUGAUAUGACAUGAUCACUUUUUUUGUUGGAUUUUGAAUUAGUUUGGACUUUCUGUUUCACAACUUAAAUUAUUACUGUAAGAACCCUACACCCAAAAGAGUUGGUCACCAUCUUGAAAUCGAAAAUAACUUCUAGUUGAAGACUCAGCGUGCUUUCAGCAAACAAUACAGCCACAUUCAUCAUUAACAUAUUUAAGCCUCCCAUCCAUCUACAGUUCUUGAACAUCAGCUCAUUGUUUAGUGUUAUUCCCCUCUCUCACAUAAGAAAAACAUAAAUAUCUCUGUCUCAAGCCAAAAGAAAACUUUCCUUAGAUAUUGUGUUCAGAUCUAUUGGCCUUUUGAAUUUCACCUUCUUUGGAACUAUUGUCAUUCAUAUCUGUAUCCCAAAUUGGUGUGCCAGUGUAAGUGAGUGUGAUUGUGUGGUUGUUUUAAGGGUAAGGGAGUAAUUGCUGGUAGGAAUUAUAGCCCUUAACAGCAACCCAUCAAGGAAAAGGCUCAGGUGUUGAUCCCACAUCCCCUCAUUGUGUUUGUUAUCCCCAUCCUUUUGUUUGCUGGUUAUCCUCAACCAUUGGUUGCAGUGACACUUUGAGUUCCAACUAAAGUCUUCUAUAAAACCAUUCAAUUUCAUUGUGUUACCAAAAGAGUGUUACAACCAGCUGUAACCAGAAACAAUCUCUUGAGCUAGGAAUUUACAAGCAAUUUACCAUCGUUGCCUUAUCUGUGAUAUUGUUGUCGUACAUUAAGAAAAGAAAAGAAAAAAAAAAAGUUAAAAAUAAUUUACUCAAAAACAAAACAAACAAAAAAAAAACGUAUAGUGUGUGCCCAACAUUUGAAUUUCCUUCCUAUUUUUGUGAGUGCUUAGUGUAAAUCCUCUAUUCUGAAAUCAUCCACCUAGUUCUGUUCCUGAUCUUUCCCUUCGGCGACCUUCCGCUCUAAAAAGUGCGAAGAAAAAUGUCGACGAAUCCACAAUGGAACUCAUCUCUCUAUUCUCCCAAGUCCGCUGCUCCGGCUUCGCUCCUCGGAUUCGGCUACAACGGUGGCAGCAAUAGCAGCAGUAACCUCUUGUCGUCUUCUGGAGCUGCAGUCAACGGGUUCAACAACUUUUCAUCAUUCGGGCGUUCAAACUCUGGCAGUGGAACAUUUUUUGCCUCGCAGACGAACUCUACCAGCACUCAAUUUUCGAUCAACAACGGCCAAGGUGGUUCAAUAUCACCUACACUUGGAUCUUCGUCUAUCGGGCACUUUCCCAUUGGCACAUUCAAUGCUAAUUCGGCUUUUAGUGAGGAUACCAUCAAGACUUCGCCCGCUGUUCACGUGGGCAAUGGAAACGUGCAUCGUGACGGAGGUUCCAAUUCUCCAAACAAUCUCGGCAGUAGAGAAACGGGAAUUAUCGAGAAACUACUGCAUUCCUAUGGAUUCAUUCAGUGUUGCGAACGCCAAGCUCGUCUCUUCUUUCAUUUUAGUCAAUUUGACGGCAAUAUUGAACACUUGAAGAUAGGAGACCCUGUUGAAUUUGAAGUGACUUACGAUCGCAGGAACGGGAAACCGAUUGCCAGCUCUGUUUCUAAAAUCGCUCCUGAAGUGGUAUUGAGUGAAGAGCGCGUAACUGGAACUGUCACUACCGAAUUGGGAACUGGCCAACAAGGGCGCAUAAGCUACGAGAAUCGUGGCGAGUGCUUUUUCUUGCCAUAUGGAAAGGAUGAUGUGGAAGGAAACGUGACACUCUCUGUUGGUGAUAAAGUCAGCUUCCAAAUUGCCACUAGUCACAGCGGUAACCUGGGAGCUCGUUAUAUCCGCUUGGAAAACCCGGCUCAUCCAGUUCGCUACCAGGGAGUGGUUUGUUCUCUGAAAGAGAGCUUUGGAUUUAUCGAACGUGGUGAUGUCGUGCGCGAAAUCUUUUUCCAUUUCUCUGAAGCCAAAGGCAUUGCUGACACGAUGGAACUCGGUGACGACGUUGAGUUCACGAUCCAAACCCGAAACGGAAAAGAAGUGGCUUGCAGUAUAAUCAAGUUGCCUUCCGGAACUGUCGUCUUUGAAGACGUCAACCCUGAAACUCUGAAAGGCCAAGUAUUGAAACCUUUGGAGCGCGGCGCAAAUGUUGCCGCUCUUAAUACGGAGCCACUCUCUGGCAGACUUCGCUAUCGUGGACGUGAUCGUUCGGAGGUAGAAAUUCCAUUUGGUGAUAAAGAUCAAAAGGGCGAAUAUACACUCAGGCAUGGAGAUUGGGUCCAGUUCAAUGUAGCGGUUGAUCGCCGUGAUAAACUGGAACGCGCCACCAAUAUUGAGUUGCAGGACGAAUCAUUUGUGGUCUCGGGUGAGAAACGUGAAACCGGUGUGGUAGCCGCUGUCAAGGAAGGUUAUGGCUUCAUCAAGUGCGCCGAGAGGGACGCUCGAGUCUUUUUCCAUUUCUCUGAAGUAAUUUCAUUGGACGAGGAUGUCGAUCAAAAUUCCGAAGUAGAAUUUACCAUGUCACAGGAUCAAACGCAACCCAACAAGCAAAGCGCAGUUCGUAUAAAAGUUCUACCCCCAGGAAGUGUGCAAUUUGAAGUGAUAACUCAGCGAAACAUAGUUGGAACUGUUACCAGAGAACCGUCAAGUAGUUGGGCUCAACGCAGUCCUAGUCGGGUGAAUGGAGAGAGGUCAGCUGAUGAUAUGGGGCUGGUAUCCUACCAGCUGAACGGAAUAAUGGAGCAUGUGCCCUUCCAGAUGAGAGAAUGUGAUGUUCGUAAUAGCCCGCGUCUGGGUGAUGAGGUUGAAUUUGAUUUGGCCCAAGUAAAACGCACGAAGGAACACAUCGGUCUGAAUAUCCGUAUAAUACAGCGUGCCCAAGUUAGCAAAUCCAGUAACAAGUUUUCGGAGAAUGGAGAGAACAACAAGAACGAUGCGCAACAUACAAAUGGAGACGCGAACAAAGUUCAAAAGGGAUUCAUUGCGUCGUUGAAGGAUACAUUCGGGUUCAUCGAAAACCUCUCACACGAUAAGGAGAUAUUCUUUCACUACAGUCAUUUCGAUGGGGAUGCCGAUUCUUUGGACCUGGGUCACGAGGUUCAGUAUACUCUUACAGGUAAAACCCCUUCGUCGGGGAAAAUAUCUGCUGAAAACGUUAAGUUGUUGAAGAAAGGAACCAUUGCCCGACACGCCAUCGAGGAAGAGAUUUUGGAUGGUAUUAUCGUUCGCCCACUGAGAAACGUUAAUCCCGACCAAGCUCAAUAUGCGGGACUAGUUAAACUAGGCGCUGACAUGGAUGCUGAAGAAGUGUCUUACGAAUUUGGAAUCACGAGCUUAGCUAACAAGAAAGAUUUCCUCCAACGUGGCGAUCAAGUUCAAUUCCAAAUCGAACGAACUGAAGACGGCAAAGAAAGAGCUACUCGUAUACGUGUUGUUCGUAAAAAGCUUCGCUCUACAGUUGACGCUAUCAAGGGCCAGUUUGGAUUCCUGAAUUAUGAAAUGGAAGAUGGUAAAAAGCUUUUCUUUCAUCUUUCUGAAGUGAAGGAUAAUGCAACUCUUCUACCCAACGAUACCGUCGAAUUCGUCCUCAUUACCAACCAACGUACAGGGAAAUCUUCGGCUUGCAAUAUUGUCAAAAUGGAAACCCAACGUCCAGAUUGGUUGGCUGCUCGUCUACGUACCAUGUCGGUUGACGAGAACGGACCCCGCUUCUAUGUGCUUCGCCAACCCAAAGGUCCGGAUGGUACUCGAGGAUUCAAAAUGGCACCUCGUUCAUCGGUAUCUAGCAAUGGCGUAUCGUCCUCCAAGACCAAUGGCGACUCGUCCGAAGCUGUGGGCAAUGCCUGAAUGACAUCGAAUUGGUUAAGCUACAACUUUGCUGUUUCUCUUUAACACUUCCCUCACUCAACUAUAUCUUCGUCGCUGAACAAAUAACGAAAGAAAGAAAAAAACCAAGCAUGUGGGAGGAGUCAUAAUGAGGUUCUUCCCUUCCCCCCUUCCUAUCGUUUGAGGUAAAAAAAAAAAUAACGUACAAUUCACAAAAAAAUAUCAAUAUUUCUUCUCUUAACAAAAAAAAAUCUACUGUAACGUGUUCGCAUCGAGGAACCGACUGUGAUGGGGUGGGACUUCAAGCGUGUUUUACAAAAUUAAAUAAGCAAAAGAAUCUAGUAGUGUGCGAACUUGGGUGUCGUGAAUCUUUUUUUUUAAUUAUUAUUAUUCCCUUUUUUUUUUCUUAUUAAAUUGUGAAUCAAAGCAUCAUUUGCCAUAUAAUUAUGUGGGAUUCUCGAGAAAGUCAAUUUCAAGUGCUACAAAUAAGUAGGCAGGCAGGUUGUAUUGAAUUAUCCGGACAAAAUCGCGCGAACGUUCUUUAAUUCCUAUCAUUGGGACGAAGGAUUUGUCUGGUCGCAGUCGAAAGCCGUCGAAGAAUGUUUGGCGUCUAGUCGAGAUGGGCUGACGAAAAAAGAAUUUGAGUAACUGAGCUAGAGGGGCGAAGAAAUAUUUUAUUACCACCGGCUUUUUCAGUUAACAGAAUUAUCUACGCCCUCUUUCAGGAUAUUACGUUGUGGCAGUAUCCUCCACUGCUCCCUCCCUCUCCCUUACCUUCUUUAUUUCUGGGUGACUCUUGUGAAACGUGGCUCUCGAAUAACUUCAGCAUGCAAAACAUUUAAUUUUUCUCGUUUCCCUCGAAAUUAGGUCCAACUUUUUUUUUCGAUGAAAUUCCGUUGUUCCUCUCCGAUACCACUGAGUCGGGCGUCCAAUAAAGUCCAACCCAAGUUUAUGCAAUUAAAAAUAAAACGGUUAUAACUUGG